AUGCGUUUCAACGCUGCUUUGACUUCGGCCUUGGUGUCGUCGGCCGGCCUGAUGGGUCAUGUCCUCGCCGACGAAGUCGAAGUGCCAGCUCCCGAUGCCACUUCCUCCAGCAUUGAGCGUCCUACCUUUACCCCCACAUCCCUCAAAGCUCCCUUCUUGGAGCAAUUCACUGAUGACUGGGAAAAGCGAUGGACCCCUUCCCACGCGAAGAAGGAGGAUUCCACUUCUGAUGAAGACUGGGCCUACGUCGGAGAAUGGUCUGUCGAGGAGCCUACUGUCUUCAAGGGUAUCGAAGGCGACAAGGGUUUGGUGCUAAAGAAUCCCGCUGCACAUCACGCCAUCUCGGCCAAGUUCCCCAAGAAGAUUGAUAACAAGGGCAAGACUCUUGUUGUUCAGUACGAAGUCAAGCCACAAAACUCCCUUGUUUGCGGUGGCGCCUACUUGAAGCUGCUCCAGGAGAACAAGAAGCUUCACCUCGACGAAUUCUCCAAUGCUUCUCCUUACGUGAUCAUGUUUGGUCCUGACAAGUGCGGUAGCACCAACAAGGUCCACUUCAUCUUCAAGCACAAGAACCCCAAGACCGGUGAAUACGAGGAGAAGCACAUGACCAACCCACCAGUCCCCCGCACCGACAAGACUACCUCCGUCUACACGCUUAUCGUGAAACCCGACCAGAGCUUCGAGAUUCUGAUCAACGGCGACAAUGUUAAGAAUGGUACUCUUUUGGAUGACUUCUCCCCUGCCGUCAACCCUCCCAAGGAGAUUGACGACCCCAAGGACAAGAAGCCCAGCGACUGGGUCGACGAGGUGAAGAUUCCUGACCCUGAGGCUACGAAGCCUGAAGACUGGGAUGAGGACGCUCCAUAUGAGAUUGUUGACGAGGAAGCCACUAAGCCUGAUGACUGGUUGGAGAAUGAGCCACUUUCCAUUCCUGAUCCUGAGGCCGAGAAGCCCGAAGAUUGGGAUGACGAGGAAGAUGGUGACUGGAUCCCUCCUACCGUUCCCAACCCUGCUUGUGCCGAUGUCUCUGGAUGUGGUCCUUGGACUACCCCCAUGAAGAAGAACCCUGCCUACAAGGGCAAGUGGUCUGCACCUCUCAUCGACAACCCUGCUUACAAGGGACCUUGGGCUCCUCGCAAGAUCGCCAAUCCCGACUACUUCGAGGACAAGACUCCUUCCAACUUUGAACCCAUGGGAGCUAUUGGUUUCGAACUCUGGACCAUGCAAAAUGACAUCCUCUUCGACAACAUCUACAUUGGCCACUCUGUUGAAGACGCUGCUGCUUUCCGUGAGGAGACCUACGCUGUCAAGAAGCCUGUUGAGGUUGCUGAGGAGGAGGCCUCCAAGCCCAAGCCUGAGAAGAAGAUUGACACGGGCCUCACUUUCAAGGAGGACCCUGUGGCCUUCGUUCGCCAGAAGGUCGAUCUUUUCGUCAGCCUUGUUAAGCAAGACCCUCUUGAUGCAGUGAAGACCGUUCCCGAAGUCGCCGGCGGCUUGGGAGCUAUCUUGCUUGCUACCAUCUUGUUCAUUUUCGGCGCCAUCAGCUCCAGCAGCCCUGCACCCACCAAGGUUGCUGAGAAGGGCAAGGACGCUGCUACCGCUACCAAGGAGAAGGCUGCUGAAGCUGUCAGCUCCGCGGCAGACACUGCUAAGGGCGCCACCAAGCGUACCACCCGAUCCUCUGCUGAGUAGAUUAUUUGAGAAAGAGAAUCAGAAGAGAGACUGGUUCAUUAAUGUUAGGUGAUCAUAUACCAAGCAGUCUUGUGACUGCCCCCACACUAUAUCCUUUGCCUGGAACAGUAACCAUUACGCACGACGAGUUAUCGGCAGUGCAGAUGAUGAGGAGGGAUACAGGGCAACAGAAACUCAACGGGGGAUUCCAUACUCAUUUCAUGGACUCAAAAGUCCUAUUUUACGAGGCGUUUAGUAUUUAGUCAGUUCUGUUUUCAACACGUGUAUACUGUUCUUGAUGCCAAUA